GAGUUUCCCGCCAUGGCAGCCUCGUCGGCGACGUCGCUCAUGGCGGCGGUUGCGGGAGAAUUUCUCGAGGCAGCGAUACCCACCAUCCUGUAUAUACGAGGAGUUUAUCCCGCCGAGCUCUUUGAGCGCAAGAGGAAAUACAAUGUGCCGGUACGGCAAAGUAGACACAAGGAUCUGAAUGAAUACAUAGCCGGAGCCAUCAAAGAUAUGAUGGAAUGGAUGUCUAAAGGUAUUGUGGAAAGAGUUGUGCUCUCAAUAGAGGAGGCUGCGAGCGGGAGACAACUGGAGAGAUUUGUGUUCGAAUUUGAGCUUGAUCUUACGGCAGACCGUGCAGCCCAUGCUCGAUCACUUGCCGCGCAAGCCCGCGAAUCGUUAGAAGAUGCUUUCCGACAAGUGUUGUUGAAAAUCAACGUAGCAGAUUCUCUCCUUGCUCCAUUGCCCAAGGAGCUUACAUUUGGUCUGUACGCACAUACAGCAUCUAGGCUCCAUGACAACGACGAUUGGGAGGAAAUGGCAUCGGAGGGGAACGAUAGGGGACGGGCAGAGAAAGGGAAUGAGAACAUGUUAACCGUGCCUCUCAAGUCUGUACAGGCUGGUUGCUUCAGGCUGCAGCUGCUAGUGCAAAGUCCAUCAAGUGGUUGAGAGGCCUCGUUUAGUGACUAGAUAACUUGCGAAAUAGCGACCGAUAUCAUGUAACAUAGAAUUUAUUGAAAGUCCCAUGA